AUGAAGUUUCUCCACGUUGCCUGGUUCUCUUUGAUAACCUGCGGUGUCAUAGCAGAGCAAUCAGCUCAAGUGACUAUGACUCUUGCCCCAGCCUCGACCAUCAUCGGCACUUCCAGAGCCAACAUCGACGGCGUAGAGCUCUUCAACGGAAUUCCCUACGCUCAACCACCCUUAGGCCAACUUCGCCUCAAGCCCCCUCAGAGAUCUAACGGACCUUUCGGUACUCUCGAUGCUACCAAAAUUGCACCGACUUGUCCUCAGUUCCGUGGAGCACCUCCUGCCUUUAGCGAUGCCUUUACGCAGCUCAUCUCAAGCUCCAUCAACACUACCUUCUUCCAGACCUCUCUCCCUUCGAGUGAGGACUGUCUUACACUCAACAUCGUUCGGCCUGCAGGGACUAACUCCGAUGCCAAGUUGCCUGUGCUGCUCUGGAUUCACGGUGGAGGCUUCCAGGUCAGUGUCUCCUUUUCCACCCCGAUCCACCCCGUCACUGACCGUCAGAUACAGGUCGGCUCAGCUACCCAGUACGACGGUUCUUUCGUAGUCAACAGUUCUGUUACAGCCCACAAGCCCGUCAUCUACGUCGCCAUUAACUAUCGUCUCGCCGGCUAUGGCUUCCUAGGCGGCAAAGACAUCCUCGCUGAUGGUUCCGCGAACAUCGGCCUCCGUGACCAACGCAUGGCCCUGGAGUGGGUUGCCGACAACAUCGCUUCAUUCGGUGGUGAUCCAAACAAGGUCAACAUCUGGGGCGAGUCAGCCGGGUCUUUGUCCGUCUUCAAUCAGCUGGGGCUAUAUGGUGGCAACCACACGUACAACGGAAAACCCCUUUUCCGCGGAGCAAUCAUGAACUCUGGCUCCCUCUUCCGAGCAGACCCUAUCGAUUGUCCCAAGGCUCAGACCGUCUAUGAUACAGUUGUCAAAAACGCCGGUUGUUCCUCAGCGAACGAUACCCUUGCCUGCCUGCGUAACGUCGACUACGGCACGUUUGAGCAAGCAACAAACUCUGUUCCCGGAUUCAUCUCAUAUAACUCAAUUGCACUAUCCUACCUCCCGCGGCCUGAUGGCGAGGUACUGAACGACAGUGCCGAGGUCAUUGUGCAAUCUGGAAAUUACGCGGCUGUGCCCCUGAUCAUUGGCGGCCAAGAAGACGAAGGGACAUUAUUCUCAUUCGCCCAGAGCAACUUAUCCGAUACCUCUGCCAUUGUUGAGUAUCUCUCCUCACUAUACUUUCACGGAGCUACCAAGCAUCAACUGAAAGCCUUGGUCGAAACAUACAACGAAUCUAUCCCAGCUGGAUCACCUUACGGCGCUGGCUUUACCGGUGAGGUGUACCCAGGUUUCAAACGCCUGUCCUCUCUCCUCGGCGACAUCGGCUUCACACUAGCUCGCCGUUCCAUGCUCUACCACGCGUCAAAGGCAAAUCCUACCGUUCCGAUCUGGAGCUACGAAGCAAGCUACGACCGCGACACACCCGUCCUGGGAACAUUCCAUGGCUCUGACCUUCUUCCGGUCUUCUUCAGUGGGCCCCAGAGUUUCGCCAGUCAGAGCCUUUUUCACUACUACUUCAACUUUGCAUACUCUCUAGAUCCCAAUGACUCUUCCAACAAAAGGGACCAGUACCCUCACUGGCCCAAGUGGAGCGACAAGAAACAGCUACUACAUUUGUUCCGGGAUAACUCUAGUCUACUGACGGAUGACUUUCGAUGGGAGAGCUACACAUGGAUGAUGGCGAAUGAAAAGCUGUUACGGUUCUGA